CGCGUAGCUGUACACAUUGAACUUUUAGUAUAUAUAUAUAUAUACAUUUCUAUAUAGAUACCAUAAUAAAAAUGACUGUGGACGUGUACUACUGCACUGUGUGCUCCGUGCCUCCGGAGUACUGUGGGUUCGGUCCCACCGCCAAAGCGUGCAAGGAAGCACUGCAGAGCAAGAACGAGGAUCUCUACGACGAACUAUACGCUGAUCUUGAAGGCCUGAGCCUCGACGACAGCAAGAAGAAGGGCAAAGGUCUAGCCAAGGUCAAGAAAGAAGCCGACGUCAAACGAGCCAUCACUCUAUUGCGAAGAAAUCGAGGUGGCAGGAAAUACAUCACCGUCGUUGUUGGUCUGAAGACGUAUGAUAUCGACCUGAAGAAAGCGGGCAAGGUGCUGGGCAGCAAGUUUGCCUGCGGGUCGUCAGUCACAGGCGAUGAUGAGAUCACACUGCAGGGUGACGUGGCCGCUGAUCUGGAGGAGUUCCUACCGGAGAAGUGGGCGGAGAUCGAUGAGGACGACAUAUCGACAGUGGAAGAUAAGAAGAAAGGUGGCAAGAAAUAAACCCGGUUGGAAUUUAAUAAACAAUUAGAAGUACCUGUGUAGGCACGCCUGUAUGCAGCUGACAAAUGACGCAUACCACAAAUCACUUGACGGAUCAAGAUUGUUGUGCGUUUCGGUCAGUAGUCAC